AUGGAUACUUUUUUCACUGAGGCCAUUCCUGAGCCAUCACGAGAUCCGAAAUGUUUAUUUUCUUGUCCAUCACAGUCUGAUGAUCUCUCAGACUCUGAUGAUGAUAGUCUGUCUAUGAGUAUCUCAGAGCAGAUUGCACAUCAAAAUGGCAUGCCAUCAUCCUCUUCAGCUCCAUCGUCCUCUUCAGCUCCAUCAUCCUCUUCAGCUCCAUCGACUGUCCAAACUCGGCACCGCAAUGUAACCUGCACAUUUGGCUCCAGACCUACAUCAGUUCGUCAUGAAGCAUCAUCUCAUGCUUCGCCAUUUACUAUGCAUGCACCAUCUACUAUGUGCCCAUCAUUAUCAGAAGAGUCAUCAACACAUGUGACUUGGUCACUAACUCAGCGGCGCAUCAGUCUGCCAAAUAGUGCACCACCUCCCAGCACUCAUGCUUUGGUUGUCACCAUUGACCUCACCAGCAAUGAUACUCCUGUAUUCACCUUGAUUAUGGAGUGGGCAGAUUAUGUACAAGCGCAUGGACCCAGAGAGACUCCCACCAUCAUUCCAUGGAGAGUCAGGGCACCGAACAUCGAGCUAGGUGCCCUGGCAUUGAUCGCUUUUAUUGAAGCCCAGCAUAGCCGCACUGUGGUCGAUUUGUCCAGAGAGGAGUUUGAAGGUACACUGAUAGGAUUUACAACUGGGAACGAUGGCUCAGACAUGAACUUGUCGAGCCUCUUCAUGGCUGAUUGCACAUUCAAAGUUGGGGAAGGAAUUGGUGUUGGUGCAGAAUGUGCGGUAAUUUCUAGGGCAGUCAAAAUUGUUCUCGACGACUGUUAUAUGUGGCAGGUCACCAACAACGAAGGAUUCAGAUGCCCUUCAAUCAUUCCCUUUGCCUCCAACAGUGGAAGGCUCAAUCGUUUCAAAACACACGGAACAUUAUGUGCUCUUCAUAUCUUCCGUCUUCAUCUGCCUCCCAUGCCAUGCUCUCCUUUUUUAUUAUGUUAUGCCAUCUGGGGUUUUGACGCCCUUGUUGAUCCUGCCUUUGUUCAGAAACUUGCUCCAGAUACUGCUGCGUCCCUUGUUGCCCUACCUCUUGAUCCAGCACAGCCUCUGUACUGCUCUCUUACUGGUCCUCUUUCUCCCCUCCUUGCGACUUACUCUAAUAUUCAACCAACACAGCUGCCUGCUAACAUGUCAGUUGAGCAACACAUGGAACUUGUUGGACAAGUCUAUGCCAAUGUGCUCCUUGGUUGCCCUCCCAGAGCCGCACUGGACAUGUUGAAGGAGGUGUUCUACUUUUGUCAAGGAUUUGACGCCUCCUUCAGCAACAAUGUGUUAUCAUUUUGUGAUACCUUGAAACCUUCCGCAAAGGAUUUGUUGUGCCUAAUAUAUGAUCAGUGCAUUGCCUCGCCCAGCCAAGUCAUAGAGCGACUGGAAUUUGAGGUUGCACUUGUCAGACAGUCUGAUGGUACUGAAGUUGAUGUCGUUGACUCAGAUACUGAGAAUGCCUUCAUCCUGCAUCUUACUCGUUACCUGCGAGGCAAGGGAUAUCCUAAUCAUCCUUUGAUUUCAGAAUAUGUUUCAGAGUCUGAGAGGAACAGCCAGGAAAAUAGCACGACCUUCAGGGCCAUGCAAAUGUUACUCUCUGUAUCUGGGAAUUGCUGUCUUCCCACUGACCCCAUGCAGAAAAUCAUUUGCCGUUUUGUGAAGAACCUGCCGGCGCAACAUGCGCAUGUCAAGCCUGCUGGUGCUGAUGAUAACUGGGAGCCUCUUCUUCCCAUUCAGUUUCAAACCUGUACUUAUCAAGUUUUUGUACCGGUGUAG